AUGGAUCUCAAUGGACGCCCAGCGGUACAGGUCGUCAUCAACGGCCAUCCACAGGCGCAGCAGGCGUAUGGUCCGACCAUGUCGUUCCAGAACCAGCAUAGGCCGCAGUCCAGACCGUUAUCCGUGGAUGAGGCGCUUCAAUACUCGUCCAUGUCCAGCGCUCCUGUCUUUGGACUUGACUGCGUGAUACGCCCUGACGUUGGUCGUCCGUCGAAUACCACCUCUAUCAAUCAUGUCCUUCAAGCUGGUCGGAAUACCCUGAGUGAGCUGGAUGCGGAGAUACAGUCCGAUCUGGACGAGUCAAGUCGCCUGGAGACGUCUCGUGAAUACCUUCAACAAUUGCUAGAUGGGGACCAGUUGACGGAAUUUAAAUUCAAGGUUCCUCCUACUUUCAACCGCGGUCAACACUCACACUCGAUCACCUCUGAUGGCCCUUCCUCCUGUCGCAAUCAACUCGGCUCCUUUGCGAAGAUGAUCCUGGAGUCCACGGACAUCGCCUUCAGAUAUCCCGAGGCAUUAUCUCUCAAGGUCAAACCCGAAAAGAAGAAAACCGUAUCAGAAGCCGCAACAGCUUGGAACCAGCAAGCAUACGUCGCUAACAGCACGAAUUCCACUUCAUUCGAAAAGUCACAACAACCUUCGAGUCAAGUCUCCGUGGUCAUCCCAACGAAGCCUUCACUGAUGAAACAGUCAAAACCGAAGGCAAAGAUCAGUCACGAAGAUGAGAAUACGGCGAGGCGGUUAAGGGAUCAGAAGGCGGAAGCGGAUGAGGCUCUUUUGAAACUGCAAGAUGUUCUUCACGAAGUCUUCGAGGCAGAGGAUCAAAUCGAGCCGGACGCCUCAAUUGGCCCGACUGCUGACAGGCCAAACCCAAUAUUUGUGAAUACAAGGUCAUUGGAGGUUCACGGUUUGGUGUUGUCUUCCGACGCCCAUACCCGUCUACAAAAAGCUAUUCGGAAGGUCUCCGGAUUUGACCGACUCCAAGAUAUCCCCUCCGACUAUUUAAAGAGGAUACAGAAACUUUGCGAAAAGCCUAUCCUUGCUGCCCAAUCCGCACAACUCACUUUGCAUGAUCCACUCAACGAAGCCGAGACUCAGGAAUGGCUGGGUAAAGUUGAGGAUGUUCUGAAUGCCUUGCUUGCCAUUGGAACACUUCUGCAGACAAUGUCUGGACGCCAAACGGAACGAGAUUUAUGCCCUGAAGAUCUCAUCGAGGCCAUUCCGCCUGUUGUUGAGCAAGUUUUCGACCAUUGCAUCAUUCCAGCCGUCGAAUCACGUCCAGGCGGCAAGGAUGCAGAGCAUUUCAAGUUCUUCUCAGCCCAACGACGUAUCAUUGCAAGCCUGAUUCACCAAAGCAAGAAGGCAUUGACUCUGUUCGCUGACUUUUUGUCUCGAAUUGAGGUGCCGGAAAGCUCUAUCAACUCCGCUCUAUUCUUCGCCGCCAAGUUGAUCUUCGUUGAGAAUGCACACAAUGAAAGAGAUUCUGCUGUCGGGUCUUCGAAAUUCGAACCAGCACGGCGUGGAGCGAUGGACGUGCUUGCAAAGAUCUUCUCUAGAUACCCUGCCCAGCGGUCCUAUAUUUUGGACCAAAUUCUGGGUUCUCUGGAAAAGCUUCCUUCCACUCGUCAAAGUGCCAGACAGUUUAAAUUGGCUGAUGGGAAAAAUAUUCAACUUCUCACUGCAUUGGUCCUUCAACUCGUACAGACCACUGCGUUGGAAACUCCUUCACGAUCCAAGACCAAACGUCGACUGCAAGCCUCAACAGAUGACGACGAUGAUGAACUAAUGGACGAUGGUGAUGACGAUGAUGACGAGCUAGAUGAGUCUCUGGAGCGCCUGGCGGCUAAGGUCAACAGACUAUAUGACAAUGCCAUUCGAAGUGCGCAAUACAUUGUGACGUUUAUAGUCCAGCGUGCGAUGAACGCGACCAAAAGUGGCGAUCAGCCAUUCCGAAACAUCCUUGAUCUCUUCACCGAAGAUUUGAUCAACGUGCUUGGGUCUACAGAUUGGCCCGCAUCGGAGCUGCUUCUCCGCAUCAUGGCGUCGCACAUGGUCGGCAUCGCAGAUCUCGAUAAGAGCUCUGCUCAAGCGAAAAGCAUGGCUCUCGAACUGCUAGGAUGGAUGGGUUCUGCAAUCUCAGAUUUGAUCGCAACCGCUCAACACAUGCUUCCAGCCUUGGAGGAUGCCGAUAGCGAGCUUAGUUAUUCCCUCAAGCAGCAAUUCGAAGACUUCUCCAGUCGCGCGCUCCACCCACAAGAGUUGGUUGCGCCGAACGGUCCCUACCGUAUGGCCCUCGAGUUUUUGUCGCAAGAUACGAGCUCGGAUAGCUCUCAGCUGGCCAGCACCCGGGGCUUCUACUUGGCUGCUUGGGCGAAGGUUGUCUGUAAUCUUUACUACAACUCCGAGGACAAAGAGGAAAUUCCGGUAGACGAUUUGACCAAUGAACUGGUUGUUUCCCUGUCCAGGUCGUUCUCUGAUUCCCGGUGGUUGGAGACCCACAGGAAGUUCAACUCUAUAGGCAAUAUUCAUGGAAAGUUCGCCUAUAUCCUCACAGUCUUAAAUUCGGGCUUCGGCAAGGCAUUCGACACCAUUCUCAAGGUGCUUCUCAACUCGAUUGCCAGCGACCAAGCCAAGGUCCGCAGCCGAAGUCUGAAGAGUGUCAUUGAAAUGCUUGAGAAGGACCCCAAUCUUCUCGACCGGGACGCUUCAGUUAUGCGUCUGAUCCUUCGGUGCACUACGGACGCUUCCCCUAUGGUCCGCGAUUCUGCCCUAUCCUUGAUCGCCAAGUGCAUUGGCCUUCGACCGGUGCUCGAAGAGCAAGGGUGCCGGAGUAUUCUUGCCUGCGCCGGUGAUCCAACGGCCGGUGUUCGCAAGCGCUGCAUUGGUCUGUUGAAGGAACUCUACCACAAAACAUCUCGCCAUGAGCUGAAACUGGCCAUCCUUGACAGCUUUCUUCAGCGAACUGGUGAUCAUGAGGAAAGUGUUGCAACCCUGGCUCGACAGACUUUCGAGGAAAUCUGGCUUGUGCCUUUCCAUGAGUCAAUUGAUUCUAUCUCCGAUGGACCGAAGCUCAAAAUGGCACUCGGGGAACAAGUUGGACUAAUUGUCAGCCUGGUUGAGCGCAGCGACAAUGCUCUUGACUCUCUUGGCAUAUGUGUGGGGGCAGUACUUUCAGACAAGUCAAAGUCUGCCAGCUUGAAUUUCAAAGUCUGCAAAUCAAUGGUAGCCAUCAUGUUCCAGAGACUUGUGGAAGAUGCAGAUGCCUCUCCCCAAGAGUUCAAGCAAGCUCUGCUCCAGACUAUCACUGUCUUUGCCAAGGCCAAUGCAAAGCUGUUCAGCCCAGAUCAGUUGGAAGCCUUGCAUCCGUAUAUCGGUAACCUUGCCAAUGCAGACGACCUGUUUUUGUUCCGAUCCGUGGUCGUGAUCUACCGAUGUGUCUUGCCAUGCCUAUCGUCCUCCCAUAACAAGCUACUUAAGGAUGUCCAGAAUGACCUCUUCAAGAGUGUCGCCAAGCUGGGCCGUCCCGAGUUGAAUGAAGUCAUGGCUUGUCUUUGGACGAUUAAUGGUGUCUUGCAGAACACAGAUCGUUUGGUCAAAUUGACUCUGUCCGUUCUGAAGCCACUGCAGCAGUACAAAAGUGUCGAUAUGUCAUCUCCCGACAAUGCUAAGAUUUCAGCACGCGCCAAGAGUUACCUCAGAAUCGCAGGUUGUGUCGGACGGUACUGUGAUCUCGAGAAGUACAUUCCUCAUUUCAAAAACUCGUUCCCAACAUGGAGUACUGGGUCAGGCGGCUCCGUUGCUGCACUAAUGGUCGACUGCAUCCUCCCAUUCACCAGCUUCAACCAGCCCACUGAGCUUCGGGUCACCGCUCUCGAGAGCGUGGGUUCCAUCUGUCAAUCUUGGCCAGCUCAGUUUGGCCGUGAGCCUACGCGAAAGAUGUUCUCCCAGGUUUUUAAGGAAGAUGCACCUGGUUUGCAGCACAUUGUGCUCCGAUCCUUUGCGGAUUUCUUUUUCAUCCACGAGGGCAAAACCGAGAAGGGGGUCGUACCUACCGCCGAGGCUGCUGCCCAGGAGGAUUCCACCCGGCUUGGAGGGUCUCUGAGAGCUAGUGACAAUGAUGGAGCUGCUGCUUUGAUCGCUCAGCACUUCCUCAAGAACAUGCUGAAGGUCGCACAAUCGCGUCAGGAUGCUUACGCACUGACUGCCAUCGAGCUCAUUGCAAGCAUCAACCGUCAAGGAUUAGUGCACCCCAAGGAAUGUGCAGGUGUGCUCGUCUCGCUGGAGACAUCCACAGAUCCAAAAAUCGCCAAGGUCGCCUUUGACACGCAUAAGAUGAUCCAUCAGCAAUUCGAAUCCAUGUUUGAACGAGAGUACAUGCGUGCUAUUCAAGAAGCUUUCUACUAUCAGCGCGAUGUGGUUGGCGAUUCAAAUGGCGCGACUCCUCGACCUUACGUUGCAAAGCUCGCCCCUCUCUUCGAAAUCGUUAAGAUCAGCAACAGUCGGUACCAAAAGAAAUUCCUGUCAAAUCUUUGCUCCAAGGCCGACUUUGAAUUGAAAAAGCUCGAUGCCUCUGGUGACCCACCGGAACAUCUCCUCAUGGCUCGCUUCAUCUCUCAGAAUCUGGCAUAUUUCGACUAUGCGCAGAUGGCUGAAUUGCUUCCCACGAUUGGAUGCAUUGAGCGUAUUGUCUCGUCGACCGGCACUGUUGUUGCACAUGCCAUCGAAACCGAUCUAUUCCCUAGCCCAAUCGGCCCACCUGUUGUCGAGACUCCAACGGGAAUGAUGAGCCUGGCCCCUGAUGUGCCAAUACCGAUCCCUCCAAGUGUCUCGCAGCCCGUCAACCCCGCUACUCUUCGACUGUUGACCACGGCCGCUGCAUCGCUGUCGAUGCUUUGGGAAGCACGAACUCAUCUGCGCCGUCUCUAUGGACUCAAUUCACACCAUAAAGACAAGGAUGGCAACGGCAAGCAAAGCGCCAAGGAACUCAACCGAGCGGCCACCAAGGUUCACGGUGUGACCGGUGAAAAGUUCUGGGAAGCCGUUGUGAGAAACAUGGCAUCGCUCGACAGUGAAGAGGCUAUGCUUGCCAAAUGCCGUGAAUUCUCCACAUUGCUGGCGAUUGAUGAAGAGUUCAAAGUCGACCGGGAGAAAGAUGUGGACGAUAGCCUAGAUGCAAUCGGAGAUGUCGAUGACAUGACUGGCUUUGGUGGAUCUCGUCCAAUGAAGCGCAAGAGCUCUGUUUCUAGUACCGGUCUCAACAAGCGACCGAAGGCUCGCAAGAGCUCCGUCGGCAGGAAGCCAUCCAGUGCCGAGUCGGACGAUGGCUGGGACUAA